AGACACACCCUCAAUUAUCAUUUCCCAUCCCAUCCCAAACUGUAUAAUUCUUAUUGUUAGUUUUUUUUUUCUUUUAUAAAACACCACAAGGGAGGUGAGAGGGGUUAACUUAAUUUAAUUUUUUUUAACUUUUUGAAAGAGUGAAAAAAAAAAUGUUGGGGAUCUUCAGCAGCUCCGUGGUGUCUCCUCCAGAAGAACUGGUGGCCGCCGGUAGCCGAACUCCGUCGCCAAAGACGACGGCGAGUUUGCUUCUGAAAAAGUUCGUUGAGAGGAAAGCGUCGGCGGUGUCACUGCAGGUUGGGGAGCACGUGCAGUUGGCUUACACACAUCAAGGGGAGUCACUGCGGCAUCCCAGAUCAUUUGCUGUUAAGGAUGAGAUAUUCUGCUUGUUUGAAGGAGCUCUUGACAAUUUAGGGAGCUUGAUACAGCAAUAUGGACUUGCAAAAUCUGCCAAUGAAGUAGUUCUUGUCAUUGAGGCUUACAAAGCUUUACGUGAUAGAGCACCUUACCCUGCUAAUCAUGUUGUUGGUCAUCUUAGUGGUAGCUUUGCUUUCAUUGUUUUUGACAACUCCACUUCCACCCUUUUUGUAGCUUCCGACCAAUCUGGAAAGGUUCCUCUGUAUUGGGGAAUAACUGCUGAUGGGUAUGUAGCAUUUGCUGAUGAUGCUGAUUUGCUUAAAGGGUCUUGUGGAAAGUCACUAGCUUCUUUCCCUCAAGGAUGUUACUACUCCACAGAAGUUGGAGGCUUAAGAUGCUAUGAGAAUCCGAAGAAUAAGAUUACUGCAAUACCUGCUAAGGAGGAGGAAUUUUGGGGUGCAACCUUCAAGGUGGAAGGGCCAGCAGUUUUUGCAGCCACAAAGUAGAUAUUUUUUCAAAUGGAGUAUCUUAUGAUGCAUUUAUGAAGUAAUGUGUUUGUUUGGUUGUGAUCACAGUAAGACAUGCAUGAAGGGGCCAUGUAAAUAGCUUUACUCAUAAUUGUGUGAAGAGUGGAAGUGUGAAACUAGUCAUUGUAGAGUUUAUUUAUGUAUUAUUACAUAGGAUUUUCUGUGUUUCUAAUGUCAUUUCCAAUGUAAUAAAAAUGUAUGUGUCUGGCUUGAGAUUUUAAAAAACGUGUAAAUAUAAACUUGUUUCAACUAAUGGUUCAAUUGUCCACUUAUUCAAA